CGCUUUUCUCGUUCUCUGGGGAUUUUGCGUAAUUUGCGGCGAAAAUAAAAUAAAUAUUAUGGCAAACAGCAUCGAUAAAUUAAGUUAUUAUUAUUGAAUUGUGGAUGAUUUUGGCAAAUGAAGAGAUAACAAUUGAAUUGAUAAUCGAAACGGAAAUGUAACUGCAGAAAAGAGUCGAUCCGAUCGUCGUGGAGGGUCGCAUUUGCAUACGAGAAUAACAUUUUGAUGCUGAUUUUGAUUUGUGCAUUUGCAUCGGUGUCGUCGCGCCAGUGCGUGUGUUAGUGUGUGCGUGCAAUAAAAAUAAAUAAAAUAAUAUCUGCAAUCUCAACAUCAUCAUGUACUAUCCGCCCGCUGAUAGUUAUACCGGUUAUCGGGUGACUCCACCCCAAAUCAACGGCAGCAGCAGCAACAACAACAGCCACCACAUCACCAACAACAACAAUAACAACAUCUGCAGCACUAGCAGCAGCAGCAUCAGCAAUAACAACAACAACCACAGCCACAGUUUGACCACAGCAAUAAACAGCAGCAGAAUGGACACCGACGAUGUGGAAUCAAACACCAGCAGUGCCAUGUCCACACUGGGCUCACUAUUCUCCUUCACAUCGCCGGCGGUUAAGAAGCUGCUGGGCUGGAAGCAGGGCGACGAGGAGGAGAAAUGGGCGGAGAAGGCCGUCGACAGUCUGGUGAAGAAGCUAAAGAAGCGCAAGGGCGCCAUAGAGGAGCUGGAGCGGGCCCUCUCCUGUCCCGGCCAGCCCUCGAAGUGUGUCACCAUUCCACGGUCACUGGACGGACGAUUACAGGUCUCCCAUCGCAAGGGUCUGCCGCAUGUGAUCUACUGCCGCGUGUGGCGCUGGCCCGAUCUGCAGUCGCACCACGAACUGAAGCCCCUCGAGCUGUGCCAGUAUCCCUUUAGCGCCAAGCAGAAGGAGGUCUGCAUCAAUCCGUACCACUAUAAGCGCGUGGAGAGUCCAGUGCUCCCGCCAGUUCUCGUUCCUCGCCACUCGGAGUACGCACCCGGGCACUCCAUGCUGCAGUUCAACCACGUGGCCGAGCCCAGUAUGCCGCACAAUGUGAGCUACUCGAACAGUGGAUUCAACUCGCACAGCCUGAGCACCAGCAACACAUCGGUGGGCAGUCCCAGUUCCGUCAACUCCAAUCCCAAUUCGCCGUAUGACAGUUUGGCGGGAACACCGCCGCCCGCCUACAGUCCCUCGGAGGACGGCAAUUCCAACAAUCCCAAUGACGGUGGCCAACUGCUGGAUGCCCCCAUGGGUGAUGUGGCCCAGGUCAGCUAUGCGGAGCCCGCCUUCUGGGCCUCGAUUGCCUACUAUGAGCUGAACUGCCGGGUGGGCGAGGUGUUCCACUGCAACAAUAACUCGGUGAUAGUCGAUGGCUUCACGAAUCCGUCCAACAACUCGGACCGCUGCUGCCUUGGCCAGCUAAGCAAUGUGAACAGGAACAGCACCAUCGAGAACACACGCCGUCAUAUAGGCAAGGGCGUUCAUCUGUACUAUGUGACCGGCGAGGUGUACGCCGAGUGCCUGUCCGACUCCGCCAUUUUUGUGCAGUCGCGCAACUGCAACUACCACCACGGAUUCCACCCGAGCACCGUUUGCAAAAUACCGCCGGGCUGCUCGCUUAAGAUCUUUAACAAUCAAGAAUUUGCUCAGCUGCUGUCGCAGUCGGUGAACAAUGGAUUCGAGGCCGUCUAUGAGCUCACGAAGAUGUGCACGAUCCGGAUGUCGUUCGUGAAGGGCUGGGGGGCGGAGUACCAUCGCCAGGAUGUGACAUCGACGCCCUGUUGGAUCGAAAUCCAUCUGCACGGGCCGCUCCAGUGGCUUGACAAGGUGCUCACGCAAAUGGGCUCGCCACAUAAUGCAAUUAGUUCGGUAUCCUAAGCGUAAGAUGAGGGGAUCCCUGAAGGGAAACGAAGAGAAAAACAAUACAAAACCAGUAGCUAAAUGAGUACGUGCGAGUGAAAGCUAAGUGUGAAAAAGACGUAGAGAACACAGGACAACGGAGAGAGUAUAGAGGUUUGUGCCCGAUGAGGGUGAUCAGAUAACAGAACAGAUCAGUGUCUAUACAGCUCAUCUGCAAAUUUAAAUAGAUGUACGCAAGCUACUCCAACACCCGCCCUUUGCCCAUAUUUUAUAGUUUAUCGUAUGAUUUUCUAUGCGAAUGUCAUUCCUAACGCUACAUCCAAGUAAUAAAAACAACGGCGAGCAAAAAAACC